CUCCGCUCCUCCCCACUCCCUGGGGCCUGGCUCUCGGAGCAGCUGCACACACCCCACCCACCCCCUGCUCCAGUUAGCGUGAGCAGCUGCACAGCCAGGAGGAAACGGAGCGCGGUUUUAAUUUCAAUUUCCUGCUUGCUCAUCGGGACUGCAGGCACACUCAGCCUCCUGCGACGCAGCCCUGCCCUUCUGCAGCCACUCUGGGCCCGGAAGCAAGCUGCAGGCUGACGCUGGGUGCCAGGGCUCCGCUGCCCCCAGGGCACCCCGGGGAUUCCAGCUCUCCAGGCUCCGCUGCAUACUCCCUUCCUGACCCCGAGCACCCAUGAUGAAAACUCAGGAUGGGGAGCAGGGCAACCCGGCUCACUCCCUGUUUGAAACCUUCCUCCGGGCCAGCCACUGCCAGGAGGUGCUGAGCAGCUUCCAAGCCUUGUGUGAGCACCUGGGCCUGGAGCACAAGGGCCAGCUGCAGUUCUACCAUAAGCUCAAGUCCUGCCUUAACUACUGGAGUGCCAAGGCCCUGUGGGCCAAACUGGACAAGAAGGCUGGGCACAAAGACUACGACCAGGGAAGGGCAUGUGCCAACACCAAGUGCCUGAUCAUCGGGGCGGGUCCUUGCGGGCUCCGCACGGCCAUCGAGCUGGCCUUCCUGGGGGCCCGCGUCGUGCUGGUGGAGAAGAGAGACACCUUCUCCCGCAACAACGUGCUGCACCUCUGGCCUUACACCAUCCACGACCUGCGGGCGCUGGGUGCCAAGAAGUUCUAUGGGCGCUUCUGCACCGGGACCUUGGACCACAUCAGUAUCCGCCAGCUGCAGCUGAUCCUCCUGAAGGUGGCCUUGCUCCUGGGGGUUGAAAUUCACAUCAACGUGCAGUUCAAGGGGCUCGUCCCCCCGGCGGCGAAGGGGAGCAGACGGGGCGGUGGCUGGAGGGCUGCGCUCCAGCCCCACUCCUCUCCCGUGGGGCAGUAUGAGUUUGAUGUCCUUGUCUCAGCGGCCGGAGGCAAAUUUGUGCCGGAAGGGUUCAAGCGGAAGGAGACGCGUGGGAAGCUGGCAAUCGGCAUCACAACGAACUUUGUCAACCGCCACAGCCGGGCCGAGGUGGAGGUGGCCGAGAUCAGCGGCGUGGCCCGUAUCUACAACCAGCAGUUCUUCCAGAACCUCUACAACAAAACAGGUAUCGACUUGGAGAACAUUGUCUACUACAAAGACGACACCCACUAUUUUGUCAUGACGGCCAAAAAACAGAGUCUGCUCAAAAAGGGGGUCAUUUUACAGGACAAGGCCGACAUAGAGAGCCUGCUGUCUGCCGAGAACGUCAAUCAAGAAGCCCUCCUCAGCUAUGCCAUGGAAGCUGCCAACUUCUCCACCAACUACCAGCUGCCUGACUUGGAGUUUGCGCUGAACCACCGGAACCGCCGCUCGGAGAACGCGGCCCUGGUGCGCGAGUGCCAUGGGGUCCGGCUGCUCAUCGGGCUGGUGGGAGACUGUCUGGUGGAGCCGUUCUGGCCUCUGGGCACCGGCGUGGCACGCGGGUUUUUGGCUGCCUUUGACGCUGCCUGGAUGGUGAAGAAAUGGGCAGCAGGGACCUCCCCGCUGGACGUUCUGGCUGAGAGGGAGAGUAUCUACCAGCAGCUGUCUCAAACAUCCCCCGACAACACCAACAAGAACAUCAGCCAGUACAGCAUCGACCCUUCCACUCGCUACCCCAACAUCAACCUCCAAGCCAUAAAGCCCAACCAGGUCCGUGACUUAUACAUGGUGGGGACGGUGGAGAUUGACCAUAAGAAGAGGGAUAGCCAAGACAGCACAGAGGUCGGCCGGGCCUACGAGGAGCUCCUGAGCUGGUGCCAGACCCACACGGCGGGUUACCGCGGCGUCGCAGUGACGGACUUCACCCGCUCCUGGACCAGCGGCCUGGCGCUGUGCGCCCUCAUCCACCGCUUCCGGCCCGACCUCCUAGAUUUCGAAGCCCUGGACCAGCACAGUCCCAUCGGGAAUAACCAGCUGGCCUUGGACGUAGCGGAGCAGGAGCUCGGCAUCCCGCCCGUCCUCUCCAGCCCCGAAAUGGCCUCCGUGUCCGAGCCCAACCAGCUCGGCCUCGUCACCUACCUGAGCCAGUUCUACGAAGCCUUCAAGCCUCCCGCAGGUGAGACGCCUCGGGGCCCUGGCAGGGGCAGGGCUGGAUCCCGAGGGCCUCCGCUCCCUGCCCUGCAGCUUCUCAGCUCCAGCUGUGGCCAGGAUAGGCCAUGGCGGAAAGACUGGGAGACACUGGGCCAGACCAUGGGGCUGGCUGCUGAGCGGUUCCCUUGGCAGGGGACUCAGGAUUUGCUGAAAGGACACGUUGUCUUCAGUAGGACUGCGACAGAGCCCAAUCAGGCCCCGGUCUUUGUGCAAGGUGCUGUACAAGCACAGCACGGAGAGACUGUAAGCUCCUUGGGGCAGGGGCUCCGUAUAAGACGUUGGCAGCAGCUCUGCGAUCCUCCUGUGACACUGUCUGGUUUCUCCCCCCCAGGACACUUCUACUGCAUGCUGCACUAUCCGACUGCCCGCAGCGUGGACGGGCCGGACAGCGAGCCCCGAUCCGUGCCACAAGAGGACCUCUCCCAGCGCCCCCCCGUCUGCUCUCCCUCCGAGGCCGGCAGCCAGGGCUUGGCCACUGGGGCGGCGGAGCUGAGAGAGGAGAACCCAACCCCUUUCCCGAAGGAGCUGGCAGUGGCGCAGCCUGCAGAGCCGUGGGAGGGAGCUGUUCCAGCCGGAGAGGACACAGGCGCCGGCACGGCAGACAUGCAGCAGCCUGCAGCCCAACCCCUCGCUGUGCUGGAGGAUAACAUGGGAAGGCCCGUCUCCUCCGGUGGGGCAGGCAGGGCCCAGCCUGGGGACGGCCUCGGCGUCUGGGCCCACAGCCAGUCUCCGCAAGAGCAACAGCGUCGCCGUGAACCUGGCACCGUGGGCGCAGCGCUGCCGCAACCCAGCCCAGAGCCUCGGCCUCUGGAAAAGGGGCCCCCGCUGCCAGACUUCGGGCAGGAGGAGGAGGAGACCAGGAAGAGGAAGAAAAUCCAGCUGUCGCCCUUGGAAAAGCUCAAGCUGUCCACGCUCCGCCUGACCUUGGACUCGGAGACGCAGAGCCAGGGGGGCCCUGGGCAGCACCUGGCAGGUUCGGAGCCGCUGCAAAACGCUGCUCCGGCGAGAGCCCAGGUCAGCUGGGCUGAGCUUGAAUGCAGCGAGGAAGAGGAAGAUGGAGAGGAGACCGAGACCGACAGCGAUGGCGAAGAGGAGCAGAGCCAAGACCUCGGGUACUUCCGAGAGAAUUGUCUCCUGUCUGUGGGCGAAAAGGAAACGUAUCCCACCUGGAAGAGAACGCUGACCCGCCGCGCCAAAGAGGCAGAGAUGAAGAGGUUCUGCAAAGCCCAGUCCAUCCAGAGGCGGCUGGAGGAGAUUGAAGUGACGUUUCGGGAGCUGGAGAAGAAGGGGAUCCAGCUGGAGAGAUCGCUGCGCAGUGAAGGAGGGGACCAGUCUGAGCUGAAAAGCCAGCGGAUGAACCAGUUGCUCUCUCUGGUGCAGAAGAAGAACAGCCUGGUUUCCGAGGAGUCGGACCUCAUGAUCGCGGCCCAAGAGCUGAAGCUGGAGGAGCAGCAAUGGCAGCUGGACCAGGAGCUGCGGCGAUACAUGAACAUGGAAGACACGCUGAAGAUGCCUCAGGACCAGCGGGCGGAGAAGGAGAUCCUGGGCCAGCUGCUGGAGGUGGUGAACAAGCGCAAUGUGCUGAUCCAGCUGCUGGAGGAGAAGCGCCUUACCGAGCUGAGCGAGGGUCUCCCGGGGACAGCGCACGGGUGUGCGGCCUAAGGAGCCGCCGCCCCGAUGCCUGCCAGACCUUCCACAGGUGGGCCGUGCUCCCGUCCUGCUAGGCCAAGAGACUGCGGCUCUCCCCAGCAGCGGGCUCUGGCCACCAUGGCGGAGGAAGGGGGGCAUGUGCCUGACCGCAAACCACAGCCAAAGCCUCACUGAAGGGGCACAGAUGCUGCCUGGACCGGCAGCCCCUCUUCCACCUGCUGAGUCAGAAUGCAAGGACGAGCCUGGGGCUAGGCCCAGGCCGGCUUAGCAGUUUCCUCUCCCACGCCACGGCUCCCCAGAGCGAGGGGGUAGCGCUGGCUGUGCCUUAGCUUCUCUAGAGAACCAGGUCUGCACUGGGCUUGUAGCAUGGUAGAAAUGCCCAAGGCAGCUGUUGCCGUAACCCCGUUCCAGGAGGGAGCAGAGCGCCUGGAGUUUCAGGUUUACUCCAGCUGCCUUGCCGAGUGCGUCUCUCUCCACCGCUUUGGUUUUAGAGCUUUAUCUGCACAAUUAAGUUAUUCAGGGCAUGAGCUCUCAGGUUCCUUUGAAGCCCAGGUCUCAGGGAGUUGCUGGAUUCUGUUCAGAUCAAUCCUGCCAGAUG